AUGGAAGAUUCUACCAGUUUUCCUUUAGACCCUAGAGCUAAAGAGUUUGUACCACUAAACCCUAUUCUCUCCCGUCUCUACACUUCUCCACCGCCGCCGCCGCCUUUUCCCACGCCUCCUCCGUCGUUGUACGGAUUAUCUCCGACCGAACCAAGAGUUUUCACGUUCUUUAAUCUCCCGCAACCACAUCCUAUGAUGUUUUCUCCUCCUCCACCACCACCACCACGUCCGUAUUUUAACGGUGUUUCAGCCGUUCAACGGCUUCCUCUCCCGUCAAAGUCUCCCACGCGAUCUCUUUCUCUAAUCUCCGUACCUCGUGACGUCACCGAGUAUACGGUGAGACGCGACUUGGAGGUAUUCGGCGACGUGCGUGGCGUGCAAAUGGAGAGAAUCUGUGAAGGAAUCGUGACCGUCCAUUUCUACGAUCUACGUGACGCUAAAAGAGCUGUUCGAGAGAUUUGUGGUAGACACAUGCAGCACCAAGCUAAGCUCAGUGGUAGUAGUGGAAGUGUUUGGAGCUUAUUACCAUCUUCUUCAUCAUCGGUUCGUGGGUUUGUUUCCGGUAGACCCGUUUGGGCUCAGUUUGUAGUUCCGGCUACAAGCGCGGUUCCUAACGGUUGUAACCAAGGAACGUUGGUGAUAUUUAACUUAGACCCUGAAGUCUCUUCCAUUGCUCUCAGACAGAUUUUCCAAGUUUAUGGUCCCAUCAGAGAGUUGAGAGAGACACCGUACAAGAAACAUCAAAGAUUCGUUGAGUUUUACGAUGUAAGGGAUGCAGCGAAAGCGUUUGAUCGAAUGAAUGGUGAAGAGAUUUGUGGGAAGCAAGUUGUGAUCGAAUAUAGCCGACCAGGUGGGGUUAAGAACAAGUUCAUGUCAUUAAGGCAACCGCAUGUACUGUUUCAACCGCCACCAAUACUAGCUCCUCCUGUGAGGCAGUCUCUUGCUCUGGUGAAGGAUAAAAACAAGAAUGUGAGCGCUAGUAAUGGAGUUGAUGUUGUUGAAGCUUCUAUGGGUUCGUUGUGUAUCAAUGAUGAUGACGAUGGUAAGACCCGAGGAGGAGAGGAGUCAGAAACAAAGAGCAAGAACUUGGCUAAGUGGGGGAAGAAGAGACAGAUGAAGAGCAUGGAACUAAGUCAGUUUCUUAUCAGUGAAAAAACCAUGGAUGAUCCAAGUUGUAGAGAUACACGUACCACUUUGAUGAUCAAGAACAUACCAAACAAGUACAGUCAAAAGCUGCUGUUGAAUAUGCUGGAUAAUCACUGCAUUCACAUCAACGAAGCAAUCACCCAGGAAAGCGACGAAAACAAAGCUCAUCAUCAACCCUUUUCUUCUUAUGAUUUCGUGUAUCUUCCAAUGGAUUUCAACAACAAGUGCAAUGUUGGUUAUGGUUUUGUGAACAUGACGUCUCCGGAGGCAGCUUGGAGGCUUUACAAGGCGUUUCAUCUUCAACGUUGGGAGGUUUUCAAUUCUCGUAAGAUUUGCCAAAUCACAUAUGCGAGAGUUCAGGGUUUGGAGGAUCUAAAGGAGCACUUCAAGAGCGCCAAGUUCCCGUGCGAGGCUGAGCUUUACCUUCCGGUAGUUUUUUCGCCUCCACGAGACGGGAAGCAGCUAACGGAACCUGUCUCUGUCAACAUCAACCGUUGCACCGGACUCAAUAAUAGUAGUCAAGAUCACUCUGUGAGUGGAUCAAGUUGCGGUAGUGACCAUUAUAACAGUCAGGAAGAUCAAUUUUCGGGCAGUAGCAUAGACGGUGACCGGAGUCUCGCGGUGGGACCUGCUGAAAGGGACAAUAGAGGACUCCGUGCUAGCGAUGAUCACAUCUUGUAUAUCCCUCUGAUUGACGGGGUUUCGACACGUGAUGAUAUCUUCACCUUUCGUAUUGUGCCUGACUAA